AUUAAUUUCGAAAACGCUUGGAAAAAUUGUUUUUAUUGGCGCGCUGUGUUUUGACUCGAUUUUUCUAAUUUUAUACAAAAACACGCUGAAAAUGAGUGGAAAAGCCAGUAAAGUUUUCAUCCAAGUCGAAUCUGAAGAAGUCCAGCAGGAGAAUCUCAAAAACAAUCGCCGCACCUUCAAAGUACUCCAGAAGAAUGCCAAAGACAAGGAAAAUCUCGUGGGGCGCUCCAUAGUGCCGAUUGGGAAGGAAAUUUUGGGGAAACAGAAGGCGGAAUUGGAGGAGGAGAAAUCUGGCCAGAAGAAGCGAAAGCAGACAUCUCAGCACGUUCAGACAGACUCAGAAGAGAGCUGUGAUCAACAGAUAACCGAGGCAGAUUUGACAUCAACAGCAGGUCCGAGUCAGAAAUAUUGGGAAAUUCUGGCUGAAAAGCGUCGGGUGGCUUUGGAGGAUGCCCUCAAAGAGAAUGAAGCUCUUCAUGAGGAAGUGAAGAGUCUGAAGGCUGAACUUGAUCAAGCCCAUGCGAUGCUGGAUGAGACGAAUAAGAUGGUGGAGACUCUUUCUGAGAUGAUACAGGGCAAUGAGGAAGCUGAGGAAGAUGCCGAUCAGGAGGAAGCAGCGAAUGCCAAUGAAGAAGAGGAGGCUGCAGGGGAGUGAAAAAACAAUUCUAUCUUCAUCAUCUAUAUUUCCUGCCUAAUUUAUGUUAUUCGUAAAGGUAUUUUCAAUAAAAUGAUCAUUUUGAACUGAAAAA